GCUGGUGAUAAGCUGGUGAGAGCUUAAAAUACUUAUUAUCUUCUUCUUCUUGAAACCAAUACCUCUGAUGGCGUCGGUGAUAUACUUUUUAGAUUCAAAGGGCAAACCCUUACUUUCCAGAGAUUACAAGGGAGACAUUCCCUCUUCCUCAAUUGAAAAAUUCCCACUCUUGUUGUUAGAAAGUGAGGAAGAAAACUCAGCUGCUCCCCCAGUUUUCAAUUACCAGGGAAUAAAUUAUCUAUAUUUGGUUCACAAUGAUUUGUAUCUUUUAGCGUUGACAAAGAAAAAUGAGGACGUCUUGCAAAUAAUGCUAUUCCUAAAUCGAAUAAUUGAGGUCUUGACCCAGUAUUUUAAACAUCUAGAAGAAGAGUCCAUUAGAGAUAAUUUUGUGGUGAUUUACGAAUUACUAGAUGAGAUGAUGGACUUUGGUAGGCCACAAACUACAGAUACUAAAAUCUUGAAAGAGUAUAUCACACAGGAAUCUCAUGCACUAGUUAAAAGUUUCAAAAAUAGCAUUAAUAAUAUCAAUGUUCGACCACCAAAUGCUGUAACUAAUUCAGUUAGCUGGAGACAAGAGGGAAUAAUGUACAAGAAAAACGAGGUGUUUUUGGAUGUUAUUGAAUCAAUCAAUAUGCUCAUUAAUUCUAAUGGUCAAGUGUUAAGAAGUGAAAUUCUAGGUAAAGUCAAGAUCAAAUCCAAUUUAAGUGGCAUGCCAGAUUUGAGAUUGGGAUUAAAUGAUAAAGGAAUGUUUGGAGGAAAUCCAUCCACAUCAGUGCCUAAUUCCAAUACUUUAACUAGUAAUGCGUUACCAUCAUCUAAUGGAAUUACCAAUACUACCACUGCUACUACUAAUAGACAAAAGGGAUUAGAGAUGGAAGAUAUAAAAUUCCAUCAAUGUGUCCGAUUAUCAAAAUUUGAAAAUGAAAGAAUUAUCACAUUUAUACCACCAGAUGGAGAAUUCGAUUUGAUGACUUAUAGGUUGUCGACACCGAUUAAACCAUUAAUUUGGGUUGAUUGUAAGAUAUUUAUUCAUUCAAACUCGAGAAUUGAAAUAAAAGCCAAGGCCAAAGCACAAAUUAAGAAAAGAAGUAUUGCAAACAAUGUUGAGAUAAUCAUUCCAGUGCCUGAAGAUGCUGAUUCACCAAAAUUCAAGACAUCAAGUGGAUCAAUAAAAUAUACCCCAGAGAAUUCAUGCAUCGUUUGGAAAAUCAAACAAUUUAACGGUGGGAAAGAAGCUGCAAUGAUAUCAGAAUUAGGGCUACCAUCAGUCGAUAAUGAAGAGCCGUUAUUCAAAAACAAAAGACCCAUUCAAAUUAAAUUCCAAAUACCAUAUUUUAUCACUACAGGAUUACAAGUUCGUUAUUUGAGGAUCAAUGAACCCAAAAUGCAAUAUCAAAGUUAUCCAUGGGUUCGUUAUAUUACUCAAAGUGGAGAUGACUAUACCAUUAGAAUUAAUCAAACAAUGACCUAAUAAAAAUAAAAAAAAACUAUUUAUAUAAGUAUUUAUACAAGUAUUUAAAUAUAUUAAUUAUUAAUUAAAAUAUCGUUUAACGAUGUUAAAGAUGAUAAACAGUUUUGAAUUGAAUCAUCAAUUGAAGAUGAAUUGCCGAA